UGUUUAUUGUCAACAUUUUUGUCGGUUUUGGAAGAAAUUGGUUGAUUUUCCGACUGCCACUGAAAGCAGCAGCCGAGGCGCGCUCCCGGCGGCUCCGCGGACCUGUCAGUUGCAGAAAGCGGGACCCUAAACGCAACGUCUGGACUCAGUGGAAGCGCGGCCCCGGUUCGGUUAAUGUCCGUUAAAGUCCGACCGGAAACGGGUUUUAAUGUUGUUUAAACGGCUUAAGUCGCCGUUUGAACUUGUUUUUACUUUUCUAACGGUCCGGGCUUCACUUCUGACCUCCGCCGGGAUGCGCGGCUCGGCUAGCUAACGUUAGCCGCUCAGCUAGCAUCGGUGCUCUGGCACAGAAAGUAGCGGAGUCCGUGAUCCUGCCGUCUGCUGCGUGGGAGUCCGAACCCGGCCAGACAUGGAGAAACUCAGGGAGCGGCUCCGAUACCUCCAGGACCCGCACCUGGUGGCCCGCUUCCAGCACUUCUGCGGGGUCCGGGGGACGUUUUCACGGAGCGGCGCGGGCAAACCAGCGGACCGGACUUCGCCGCUCAACAACGGGGCUCUUCAGCAUCACAGCGGCGGGGAAAGUGACGGAGAGAACUCGGCCGUUAUCGGAGCCGGAGAGGGGAAGAAGAAGACUGAGAUCCGGAGGAGAACCGCGGAUUUAAACCUCAAGGGAAGCAGCGAAAGUCCUCCGCAGAACGGGGCGGCCGGAGGAGCUCCGGAGCUCCGCGGGGAGAACGGCAGCGAAGCCCCGGUGAAAGUGAAGCCGCUCCGCAAGAACUCUCUGACGGGCGACGCCGGGCAGGAGUUCCUGAUCCAGAACCGGUUCCUGUACUACAUGUUCACGCUGGGGACCGAGCUGGGCAACGAGUCCUUCUACAUCACCUUCUUCCCCUUCAUCAUGUGGAACGUGGACGUGUUCGUCAGCCGGCGGCUCAUCAUGGUCUGGGUCUGGGUCAUGUAUCUGGGCCAGUGCACCAAGGACGUGGUCGGCUGGUCCCGGCCCGCCUCCCCGCCGGUGGUCAAGGUGGAGAUGUUCUACAACUCCGAGUACAGCAUGCCGUCCACACACGCCAUGUCCGGGACCGCCAUCCCCUUCUCCCUGUUCCUCCUCACCUACGGCCGCUGGGAGUACCCGUCCUCUCUGGGGUUCUGCUUGGCUCUGAGCUGGUGUCUGCUGGUCUGUUCCAGUCGGAUCUACUUAGGAAUGCACUCGGUUCUGGACGUCAUCGCCGGCGUCCUCUACAGCGUCCUCAUCCUGGUCUUCUUCCUGCCGGCGUUGGACCUGAUCGACGACUUCAACCUGAACUGCCGCUUCGCUCCUCUGGUCAUCAUCAGCCUCCACCUGGGCCUCGGCCUCUUCUCCUUCACCCUGGAUACCUGGAGCACCUCUCGGGGCGACACUGCUCAGAUCCUGGGCACCGGCGCCGGCGUGGCAUUGGCGUCCCACGUCAACCAGCGCCUCGGCCUGCUGCCUGACCCCACGCCCGACCGGCUGCCCCUCAGCUUCCCAUCCCUCGGCACCGGCCUGGUAGCGGCCGCCGUCAUGCGCCUGGUGGUGGGGGUUCUGGUUCUGGUGGCCACCAGGGCACUGAUGAAGGCCGUCACCAUCCCGCUGGUGUGCCGGGUGUUUGGGAUCCCCAGUGAUGACGUGAGGAAGGCCCGGCAGCACAUGGAGGUGGAGCUGCCCUACCGCUACAUCGUCUAUGGGACGGUCGGGUUUAACGUUCUAUUCCUGGUUCCGCUGCUGUUCAGUCGCCUGCAGCUCUCCUGACUGAAGUCUAGACUCCAGAACCGAUCUGUUCUCCAGACAAAGGCGGGUUUGGGACCGAAGAAGCUGAAUUAAAGCCUCAACGCUGAUCUGGACGCAGAGUUUUGAUCAGAUUCUUAGUUUUUAGUCCUGAAAUCUCUCGACUGUUCAACCUGUGGUUCUGUUCUUUGGUUAUUUAAUGUGGAACCUCGUUUAACGGUUUCACUCGUUCUCGACCUUAAAGAGCAAAAGAAAACAUUUCAUCAGCAGCCUCUGAAGGACCAGAAACAUUUUAGUUUUUUUAUUAUUCCUGUUGAUGUUAAGAGUUCAGACGAAGGAUCACAAGAAGAGGGUUUCAGGUAGAAACACCUGAAACCCAAAAGAUGCGCAGAAACGAGUUUGGAGAGAAAACGGGUUGAUUUACGGAUCGAUUGUUGCUCUGCUUCGAAACUUUUUGUGGUUCUUUGUCUGGAAGCUUCUAAAUGUUGGAGUUUGAUCUCAAAGCAAUACGAUGAUUUUCUAAAGGGCUCUUCCACUGCUUCUGUCUGCUCUGUGAUCGAUUGUUUUCCCUGCGACCGGCACAUACUGUUGAUCCACCAGGAGGAAGGAAGGACUCUGUUUGGGAAAUGUACAGAGAUUUUUAAUUUUAUUCUGACGGGGUGAUUCAGUUUUCUGCACUAUAAACUGACUUCCUGUCUGGAGGCGACGGCGGAGAAAACGCUGAUCUGACGGUCAAAAACUGGACGAAAUUUAAUGUUUUUAGGGGGAAAAAAUUUUAAAAUUUCAUAAUUUAUAGAAUAAACUUCUAAUAUUUUCAGACCACAGUGGAAAAUUUACACAAAAAGAUUUUACUAUUGAAAGAAAAACUACAUUUAAAUGCUUAUUUGUAGAAAACAGUCGAAUUUUUUUGACUUUGCUUUGGAAAAAAAUCUACUUUUUCUGAGUACCUUUUAAAGAAAAAAAAGUUUAACUUAGCUGGAAAUGUUUCAGCUUUAUUCAUCAAACUUCCUUCGCGCAAAAUUGGAAUACUACGAAUGUUUUGAGGUGAAUUUCAGCGUAAUUCUGCAUAUAUUGCAGCUACAAUUGCGACUGUAUUCCAAACUUUUUAUAUAUAAAAUUAUUAUCUAACUUAGGAAGUAUUGAAAGCUUUUUCAAGUUAAAUUGUUUGAACAAAACAAUUUUUGGGGUAAAAUUUCAACUUUAUUCAGAAUUUUUUCUCCAUCUAACAGCCACUCUAGUUUAAAAAAUUUCGUUUUUUUGCAUAAAAAUUACAACUCCACUCAUCAAACUUUCUUAACUUCCUUUGAGCAAAAUUCAAGGAGAUCCUGGCAUUAUUACAAAUAUUUGAAGUUAAAUUUCAGCUUAGAAAUGCAACUUAAUGCAGAAAAAAACUACACUUUUUUUACAUUAUUCAAAGCUUUCUAUGUGUAAUUACAUCAGUUAAAGUCUAGGAAUAUUUUAGCUUUUCUACGUGAAAAUUAACUAACUUUCACCAAACUUUUAAGUAAAAAUGCGACAUCUUUCUUUUUUUGUGAGUGAUUGCAAUCUAAUUCAGGAAUUUUUAUAAAUCUUUUGAAAAAAACUUCAACGUUUUUAUGCUUAAAUUUCUGACUUAAUUCAGGAAAUUUCUGCUUUUCUGCAAAAGAAACUUUUUACCUUUUCUACGAUCUGUUUGUUGAAUGAAGGGCUUGAUAUCAAGCUUUAUUUUUGUAGAUUUUUUUGACGUUACACUUCCUUUUGUAAAGACAAACAAGAAGAUCAAUUUAAUUUCUAAAAUCUCAGGAAACAUUUGCAGGUUCUCGUCAAUAAAUCAGUUAUUAGAAAAUCAGAAAAAUAAACGUUUUCUCCGUCGUCGUCCUUCAGUUUAAUAAGCGACCGUAAACAGACUGUGGACUUUUAGACAUGAAGACUUCUUAAAUCUACACCAUUUUUGUGCUUUUUAAACUCAAAAAGUGACGUUAAUCUCGUUAAAAACCAUCAGUAUCUCAGCAGCAGUUUUCAAAGAGAGAAGCUCAGAAAAUAGUUUUUAUUAAAAACCAAAAGUUCGUGUUUGGUUUCAAAACGGCAGAAAUUUGACCUGAAAGUUUAAAACGGUUUGACUGAAAAAUCUCAACUUUAAAAACUGCUGAUGAAGACCAGGAUAUGUGCCUGAAAGCUCAGCGUUCGAGUUGAAAGUUGAAUUUGUAACCCUGACUCUUUAUACUCUGGUUUUAAACUCAGACAUUUGACCAUUGAGCAGCUGUUCUUUCAGUGAAACCACAUGAGCUUCCUCUCAUGGUAAAACUUGCUAAAUCCUUUAUUCGAACGGUUUAUGCUUCCAUUUUCUGUUAACUCAGAAACAGGGUUUUAAAGUUUGUCCUCGAGCUUUGGAAUAAUAGUCAGGAAAAUUGUGUCAUUUCAGACGCCCUUUAGCAGCUGUUCUGGAGCUUUCAGUGACAUCCCAUGAGCUUCCUCAGCAGAAAACUUUUUUGUAGACAUUUCUGUUUCCAUUUUUCUGAGCACAUUAGCUACGAAAGAGGAAUUUAAAGUUUGUCCUUGAACUUUGAAACAGCAGUUUGACAAAAACAUGCCACUAAAGACGACAUUCAGCAAAUGUUUUGUAGCUUUCAGUGAUGUCUCAUGAUCUUCUUCAGUAGAAAACUUUAGUUGGAGUUAUAGACGUUUCUAUUUCUGUUUUUCUCAGCACAUUAGCUACGAAACAGGAAUUUAAAGUUUGUCCUCGAACUCUGAAACAGCAGUCAACAAACUUUUACCACUAAAGAAGCCAUUUAUUUGCUUCUCUGGAACUUUUCACAUGAGCUUCCUCUGAAGGUAGAACUUUUGCUGGAGUUAUAUGUUUUUAUGUUCAGUUUUCUCAACCUUUAAUGACAGCAUUUGUGCAAAACUUGCGUUUUAAAGUUUAUCCUUGAGUUUUGAAACAACAUUCGACAAAAACCCGUCUGUGCGGAGGCCUUUUAGUAGCUGUUUGGAGUUUAUUGAGUCGGAUUGAAAGCUGCAGAAGAGCUGUUGAGCGGAACUUCAGUAACUUCUAAGUAUCUGAACUGUUUCUUCAGAAUAAGAUUCACCAACUGAACAUGAAAAAGCCACGAAGUCGACUUUCUUAUGUUUGGAGCUUCUGUUUGAAAUUGAAUCCACUUAAAGUUCAGAUUUCCCACUCAGCCAGGAGUCAGUGAAGGUCUCGCGUUAACCACUGUAGAUGAAGUGCCUCCUCCAGGCUCUUCGUUUGGUCUUAAUUUGCCCACGGAGCUGAUUUGUAGCCUCUUGUUGUUGUUUGUUGUUGUUAUUUGUUGUUUAUGGUACUGUCCUAGAAAUGAUGCACUGUUCCCAGAAUACACUGCUUCCCUCCGAGCCGAGCAGGAAGUCGGUGUGACGUGAAAAACCGAACCAAGAGAGGAUUUCUAAACAGUUUAGCUGCAAAAGGAUCAGUAUUUCUGAUUAAGUCUGGUUGUUUUCAGGGCUUUACUUUGGUAAAAUGAAAGAGUUACAAUAUUUCCUGCCGCUGUGGCGACCAGAUGAGUUUGUUUUAUGAUUUUAUUGCACCUUUUAUUGCUUUUUUAUUCACAUGAUCACCACAGUAGCAACAGCAAAUGCUUUUUAUUGGCGAUUUUAUUGGUUUCCAGAUUAAACUGUUUGUUGUCGCUGCUGUAAAAUGUCAGAAAGGGAAAGUUUCCAUGAAAACUUAAAAGAAAGUCCGUUUAAAAAAUGACAGAAGACCUUUUCGACUUGCUGCUCGGCUCGUUUCACCUCCUGUGGCCUUGAGUUCAUCCUGUUUUUGUCUUUGUUUUUGUUUUUUUGAGUGUUGAUUCUUUGGUUGAAUCUGACGGAUGAAGACAAACCGGAAGUGGAAAAUGAAGAGUCGAUGAAGUUUAAUCUGAGAAAAUAGACGGUUUUUAUGUUCGAUGAGACAAAAAGUGAGGAUUUAUUCCACCUGUUUGUUUUAAAGCAGAGUCGACCUCAUUAUUUAGUUUUUUUUUGGUGAGAAAUCACAAAUAGAAACAUAAAUCAUCAAUAAACUGUUUUAUCCACGUGAGUGAUGGAGAGAAUUUUUAAAAAUUAGUGUUUGAAUAUUGUGUUUUGUUUAUGUCCUAAAUUAGUUUUUUCUUUUUUUAUUUGGUGAAAGCCAAAUAUUUAUAAUAACCUUUUUCAUAUUAUUUUUCAGUAAUUAUUUGAUUUUAUUCAUUUCUUUCUUUACUUUUUAAAAAAUCUAAUUUUUUCUGAUUUUUUAAAAAUUAAAUUAAAUUAAUUUUUUUAUUUUGUUAAAACAUAAUUACACGGUUUGGUAUUACAGUAUGUGGAAACCAAAUAUUUGUGUUCAUCUUUGUUUAUUUUAUUUUAUUUUACAUUUUUGUUUAUUGUUUAUUGUUUGGUUUUAUUCAUUUAUUUCUUUUAAAAAAACAGAAAUUUUUUCCUAUUUUUAAAAAAAAAUCAUUUUUGUUUUAAUAUUUUUUGUUUUAUUUUUGCCCUAAAUUAAUUUUUUAUUUGAUAUUUAAAAAUAUAAAUCCAUAGUUUAUUUGGUGGAAACCAAACAUUUAUCAUAAUCUUUGUUCAUAAAUGUCAAUCAUUAUAACAGGGUAUUUAGAUCUUUGAUGGUUAAAACAUUUCAUCAGAUCUUCAGCUCUUCUCUCGAGGUCGACUCUGCUGGUUUUUGUCUUUUCAUUUCCACCAGAUGUGUUGAAACUGUAGCCAAACUUCCUCUUCAGUGCCUUUAAUCAGUCAGGAUCUCAACUUUUCGCUGCGUCUUUUUGCCUUUUGCACUUUGUAGCUGCAGAAACGUUUCCAGAUGAAAACUUCACAUUUUAAAGUUUCACUGAAGCUCAGAUUUAGUUUUUCUCCUUCGAUGAUUUAAAGGGUUUAUUCCAGAAUCAAUAAACCGACAGAUGAUUAUUUUCUGAUCAGACCUUCAUGAUUCCGGUUUAUUCUCUGUUCGUGUCCGGAUGUUUCAGUAUUUUUUUAUUCUCUAUGAACUGCAGAUUUUAUUGUUGAUUCAGAACCAAACUCUUGUUUCUGUUUGGGUGAAAAUAACGAAAUAAAAAUGAUGAAUGGAAAAAAUGGA